UUGUGUCUAGACUAUUAACCCAUUCACUAUACAUCACAACAUCAUCUCAAUAAUAACAUUGAUUUCAAAACCUGCAUGAGCAUUGCAUUAGAAUUACCACUCUGAAGAAAUAAUUUUUAUCAAUAAGUUAACACUAACAUCAAGGAAGUUCCAAUAGUGUGCAAUCAGUUGCAAAACUUGAUCAUUCGUAAAUGGUCACACAUGGGGAAAAGCACUCUAAUAAUCGGCAAAUCCGGAGAAAAUCACUUCACAACUUGAUCAAUCAGAGAUGGAGUUAAGGUCUGGAGCGGCUAAGAAAAGAAAGGGAGCGACUACUUCCCGGACUGUGCCUAUCCAGUUUGACCAAGAUAAGUUUGUCGGCCCGAAGCAGACCGCCAGAUACAUUUCUCUGGAGAAGCGGAAAAUUCUUCCAGAGAAGCGAUUCCUGAUCAACCCACAGGGCACUAACAGAAAUUUUGCCGGGUUGAUUGACGCGAAGAAAUGGGAUCAGUUGAUUAAUCCUUUGGAACAUUAUGACAUAGCAACAGUGCGGGAAUUUUAUGCUAACGCACUGCCCGAUGACGACGAGCCCUUUACUUGGGUAUCUAAAGUGGACGGGCGUCCAAUUGCAUUUGAUCGGGAUGCCAUCAACCGAAUCCUUGGGGAACCGCUCCAGCUGGGAGCUGAAGAGAGAGACCAAUACCACACUGACCUACGGCUUCACCGUGAUGUUGAAGCAAUUUCUGCCGCCCUGCUUUUACCAGGGAAAUCUGUUGAGCUGAACCCAUCUGGGGUUCCAAUGAGGUAUCACAGGGAGGACAUGACUCCCAUGGCUCAACUGAUACUGCUUUUGGUUUUAACCAACAUCCAGCCUAAAUCCCACACCUCUACAGUGCCGAUCCCAGUGGCACAUUUGGUCCAUUCUAUCCUCACCAACGUCCAGAUCGAUGUGGCGAGGAUCAUCGCAAAUGAGCUGAAGUCCGUGAUCGAGAGCGGGCUAAAGUCGGGGGCUCGUGUUAAUUGUCCUUUAGCUUUCCCGUGCUUGAUCAUGAGUUUGUGCAUUCAGGCAAGGGUGAGACUUCCGUCUCGGGGUCAGGUAAGGAUCCCGUCACCUAUCGAUGACCGGUAUGUGGCCAAAUAUUGUAGAGCGAAGAAUGCUAGAGGCAGUGCUGCUACAGAGAGUACCCGGGCUUCUGAUGGUCCUGGUACUUCUACUCCUAGACUAGAUCCAUACGUCCAAGUUGUGUGCAAUUACAGUUUGGAAUGGAUGGCGACAUCCCAGAGAGCCAUGUUAGAUAUGCACGACUCUAUGCAGCGGUUACAGCUGCAGGGAAGUGGUGCUCAUGCUUUGAUGACACGUGAGCAGUUUCUGCUUAACGCCAACUGGCCUGUGGACACGCCAGUGUAUAGUGAGGGGGUGGGCGCUGAUGCUGAUGAUGGUGAUGAUGAUGAUGUUGAUGAUGAGGCUACCGGUUCUGAUGCCGGUAGCGAGGAGGAGUCCUGAGCCCUUAGAGGGUUAAGUUUUUGUACUUUUCAGUUUUUAUGUUAUUUUUAUUUGUAUUUUCGGAUUUUGUAUCUUGACUUUGGUGUUGUACUAUUGGGGUGUUUUGUCCCCCAUGAACAAAUUUAUAUUUUCAGUUAAUGUUAUUUAUUUCUGUUUUUAA